AUGUUCCGGUUGAUCGAUCGUUCCGCUCCCCAAGUCCGCCCACCUUGGGGAGUCGGUACUGGCGAUAAUUUCGAAUUAUCAUUCGGAGAGGUCGAACAACAACUUUAUAUUACGAAGAUGGCAGAUGAUACUCGGGAUACUGCUCCGCCUGGCCUGCCCGAGGGCGCGAAUGAACAGACAGCUACAGGAGAUGCUUCCUCGCCGCAACGAAAGACACAGUAUGAGCUUCCCAAAUCGCAGGUCGGCAAGUUAUGGGAGGCAUUUGGCAAUCCGGAGGAAUCGGCCAAUCGGUUUUCAACUACGGGGUACAGCGGGGCAAAGAAGGAUGCGAACGAUGUUUCAGUAACCGAUGCUGUCAAGUCUAUGUCUGUCAAGGAUGUCACUUCAUUCUAUAAAGCUCCCUGCGCCCGAGACUCGUUAUUGCUGGGAAUUGGCGCUGGCUUCGGUAUUGGGGGUAUUCGAGGUGUAUUGGGAGGACUGCGCUCUAUGUGGACUGCCUGCAAUUGGGCUGUUGGCGCAUUUGCUAUCACCUCUCUUGCCGCACACGAAUUCUGUCAGCGACGCCGGAUCCAAGAGCUUGAUGGAAUGAAGCAAGCAGUGGAGAUGAUGAAGGAAUUGAAGCUUAAGAAACAGCGAGAAAAGGAACAAAAGGCCGCUGAACAAGCUGCCCGCUUAGCCGAAGAGGAGAGGCAGAGGAAGAGCUGGACGAAUCUAUCAAAUUAUAAGUUCUGGUAG